UUGGUUUUCUUGGCGGCCGACGCGCGCGCUUGAACCAUCCCCGCAGUUUGCCGACGCUUGCCUGCAGCUUGAUGGGCGGACCAGUAGGCUGGAACAUGUCUGUUAGCUGACGGCCCAGGCCAAGCAGACCUGGCUGAAAUAAUGCGCCCCAAACCGGAUAGCUGGCGCGCCAACUGCACGGCGGCAAGCACCAAUCUCGAGAGAAUCUCGCUCGGCGCGCCGCGCUGAGAGUGGGCGACGCCAUCAGCAUGUGUCUUGACGCGAGCAGGGAUGCAGAGAGCAUGCGCACAAGCAAACAUGUCGUGCACACAGAUCUUGGCCCAUGCCGCCGCCUGCAUACACCUCGCAAGUGUUCCUUUCUGGCUUUACAUGAUAUCAGAAACACGCGUGGAUGAGGAUGCCCAAGUACAGGAGGUGGAUAGGAUAGCCCAUCUUGACAGCAAGCUCAAUCAGCUUGCGAGGGUCGAAAGCAUCAAAGAAGCGCGCGAGGUCCCAGUGGGCGCCCACGGAGCAGAGCCCGAGCGCGCGAGCGACCUCUUGACCGAGCUCUCGCAACCGGACUUCCUGGAAGGCACUCGGGCCUUGCACAGCGGUGUCCGAAAAGUUCAACCGAUCAGCACUCCAUAUACCGCGGUCCUGGUUCCGAGCUUUACGGUGCACGCGGUAAAGGGUGGGACGUGCACACACAGGUCUUUCACAUGCAACGCGCUUGGGCAGGAGCGCAAUAACACUCAGAAGAACCUGGGGUGGCCACGUCAUGGUCAGCUCGCACUGAUUGAGGAGAUGAAAGAGCCUCGCUCCUCGCUGGACGUCCAACACAGCGAAAGGCCCCAACCCCUCUGCGUGCAAAAGGGCUCUAGGGCGGAGAGCACCACGGACACCUGAGACAGUGGCGCGGGAACCAAGGUCUUUCCAAACACGGCCCCAACAACUUUGGCGGCCGUUCAUCAUAUCACAUGGGGACUACUGCAUCCCUUAAGGAGAUGCCAGGAGAGUGGGGUAUCAGUAAUAUCAUGUUUCAAUCAUGAAUGCAUACGUUUGGCCCACUUGGGAAAGGGCCUUUUCCAACCAAAGUUUCAACCCCUCCUUGGACCUCUUACGCGCCGCCGACCAGGACGCGGCGAGUUCAGCAGAGAUGGCGCCGAACACCCCGUCAAGCGCAGCAUAGUCGAGCUCGGCGGGAGGAUGUCCUUCGCCGCCUCCGAGCAGGCCAACGACGGCAAGCCACCAAGCAAGUAGUCGGGGACAAUCGGCUCGCAAGUGCACUGAAACUCUCUGCAAAAGAUCCGUAAACUGGGGGCCUAUGCCUACAAGCAUGCGCAGGGACUUCUUGGCACGAUGCAGGCGGCAUUCAAGCCAUGUUUGGAACACUCGGGACCAGAAAGCCAACCCAGGUUCCCGAAAACUUUGGCCCUCAGGACCCCUCCGAACAAUGGUAGUUUUACGGAAAGCAACGAAGUCUCCACAAUGCAACAAGCUGGGAGACUGAUCGCAUGCGACCGCACGCGACUCCAGGAUGGCCUCGGUCGCCCUGGACCAGAGCCAACACAUACAAGUGAGCGACGAGCUCGAGAAAUCUUGCACGUGUGAGACCAUAACAUCGAAUAGCAAUGACUCAGGUUUGUGUCCAAAGUUUGAGAAACAUCCACGUGGGGCCCACGCCCAGAUCUUUAAGCCCAGACCUGGCCAAGAAACGCCUACAGCGGAGGCCCUUGGAGACACAGCAUCCGACACCCUCACAGGUGCCCCCUUCAGGGGAAGGAAGAGCGGGAACUAAAUAGGGCUCCAACCGAUCUGGGAGGCAUUGCGUCGGAUGCGGGAAAGCUCGCAGAGCCGAAAAUGACGCUCAGCAUACGAAAAAGCCGUCACAUAUCGGUCUAACCACGUGCAAGAAAUCCAAUGUCCCUUGAUUCCAACUGGUGAUGUUACAAAAAAGCAAGGAUACCUCAUCAUUCUCACGGUUAUCGAGCUUCAUGUUGCCCCUCCUGCUGGCCAUCUCGGGCGCCCCGGAGCCAGUAGACCGCCACCUUCUGCAUCGCCGGCGGCAGCCUCAUCGGCCUCGCGAGGGACAGGGAGUUGUACGUGUACCGGAGGGGGAACAGCCGCAGGAGCGCCAGCGACAGGGUGCAUCUGGGCCAUGACGCGCUCGAAGAAACUCUGGGCCGUGUCCCGCAAGGUGCGGAUCCUCUUCUGGGCCUUGACCUUCGCGCUCUUCUGCAUGAGGCGCUCCAUGGCACCGAGCUCCCCUGGGGAUAAGCCAUGGUCCACGCUCCUUUUCUUGAGGGCUUCCAACUCCAUCUGGUGCUUGGCUUCGUCCUGAACCUCAGACAGAACGGACUCGGCGUCAUCAGCGAGCAGCUGAAGGUUGAACAACUUGACCGAGGCCAGCAUUCAUACCGCUGGCCCUCCUCAUCGCACUCGCGCAGCUCUGGCUCCGACAUGUUCGCGAGGUUGGGCGGUGUCUGAGGAACAGGUCCAGGGACACCGACCGCACCUCGCUCAGGCGAAGCAGCAGGCGCAGGAGCACCCGCCGCUGGGGCCGCACAGGUGCGCCACACAACCAUCAUGGCGCCGGCCCAGGCCGCCUGAUGCCCCCGCCGCAGCCGACCAGAGCGCGCGUGGCGUAUGAGGCGGAGGUAGCCCCACAAGGCGCAGGGUGGAUGGCCCGCCAGCAUCAUCGGCGCACUGUACUCCCCUGGCCUCGGUUCCGGCUCCCGCGCGGGCGGCGCCGGCGGCCGCCGUCCCCGCGGUGCUCCUCCGCCGCCGGCGAGCCUCGGUCGCACAGGGCGGCGCGCAGCCCUCCAGGCCGCCCAGGAGGGCCAGGCCGCCUGUUGCCUCCUGGCCCUCUCGGCGCCGGGGGCUGCAGGGCGCCCUGCCGCCCGCGGCGCGGCGCUGCUCGGCCAGGA